CUGGAAUCAGCAGGAACAGUGCAGUGGGCACAAGACCCAAUACUGAAGCACUGGAAUGAUUACCAUUUGUGGGAGCAGUUGUAGCUCAUGAAUAUGAGCUAUGGCUGUCAUCUGUGGACCCCUACACCAAACAUUAAAGAAGAUUUCUGCUGGACCAAGGAUCUAUGCUCAUUGAUGGGGAUUGACUGGGUGAUAAACUCUCACAAUGAUUGACGUGUGACUAUCUCAAAAGACCCGCCCACCAGAAGAAAGAAUCUGGGUACACAUCUGGGAUGGCAUGAGGCUCCCGUAGAUGUCCGUCGUCUCUAUCGUUCCGGUAGAGAUAGAGUGCCGCCCAUGCGGAGGAGGUCACAUCCCAGACAAACUCGCACCCUGGUAUAAACUCACCUGUCAGAGUCCCACAUGCUGCUGCUUCGGCGUUCGGUUGUAGGUUUCGGUGGUGUGGCUCGAUGGGGAGUGCGCUGUCUGUGCUCCGGAGACGCAGCGGGCCGGUUCCGGGACACUGUGCUGCUGCCCCGCACUGACUUCCCCAUGAGAGUGAGCGGGCCAAACCUCUUGGAGCAAGAGAUCCAGAUCCAGCAGAAAUGUGGGUUUGACCAACUGUACACAUGGCAGAGAGGGAGAAAGGCAAAGAAGGAGUACUGCCUUCACGAUGGACCACCGUAUGCCAACGGUGACCCUCAUGUGGGGCAUGCUCUCAAUAAGAUCCUCAAAGAUAUCCGGAACCGUUUUGAGGUGCUGAGAGGCAGGCAGGUUCAUUAUGUACCCGGCUGGGACUGCCAUGGUCUGCCCAUUGAGCUCAAAGCACUCGGAGACCUAAGAACCAGUGAGCUGACCCCACUACAGAUCAGACAGAAAGCGCGUGAGUUUGCAGAGAGGGCCAUAUCUCGGCAGCGUGCUGCAUUCCAGCGCUGGGGCGUAAUGGCUGAUUGGGAGAAUUGUUAUUACACAUUUGAUGGAAAAUAUGAAGCAGUACAACUGAAAGUCUUCCAGGAGAUGCACAGCAAAGGUUUAAUUUAUCAGGACUUUAAACCUGUAUUCUGGUCACCAUCAUCCAGGACAGCACUUGCAGAAGCUGAGCUGGAGUAUAAUCCAGAACAUGUGAGCAGUGCUGUGUACGUCACCUUCCCACUGCUCACCCUGCCUGCCAGACUUGCUGCAAAAGCUGAAGGUUGGGGUCAUGUGUCUGCUCUGAUCUGGACAACUCAGCCUUGGACUAUACCAGCCAAUCAGGCAGUUUGUUACAUGCCCAAAUCACAGUACUCUGUAGUGAAGCGAGCCGAUAAUGAACAGCUCCUACUAGUGGCCACAGAGCGCAUCAGCAGCCUCGCAUCCAUACUGGGGACAAAUCUAGAGAGCUUGGUCACACUCGCAGGUUCAGAUCUUGAAGGUGGAGUCUGCCAGCAUCCCACAAUUCCUGCAAAAGAAGUGCCUUUGUUGCCGGCUAAUCAUGUGACCAUGGCCAAGGGAACGGGAUUGGUCCACACAGCUCCAGCCCAUGGCAUGGAGGACUACAGUGUUGCCACACACUUUAAUCUGCCUGUGGAGUGCAUGGUGGAUGAGGAGGGCAAGUUCACGGAACUUGCUGGCACUGACCUGCAAAAUAAAUUAGUGAUGACUGAAGGCAAUGCCAUGGUGAUCUCUAUGCUGCAGGCAGCCGGUGCAGUUGUGAAGGAGGAAGAUUGUGUCCACAGUUACCCAUAUGACUGGAGGACCAAACAGCCGGUUGUGAUCAGAGCCAGUAAACAGUGGUUUAUUAAUACAGCCAGUCUCAAAGACAAAGCUAGGGAUGCCCUGCAGAAGGUGCGUGUGAUACCAGAAUCGGCGAGGUCCAGUUUGUUGGCAAUGCUGGACAGAAGAACAUACUGGUGUAUUUCUCGGCAGAGGAGCUGGGGCGUCCCCAUCCCUGUGUUUUACCACAAAGAGACUGGAGAGCCACUCUUAAACAAACAUUCGGUGACACAAAUCGCUAAAGUUUUCUCUGAGAAGGGGAGUGACAGCUGGUGGGUGGAGCCAUUGGAAACAUUUCUCACUCCGGAGGUUCUUCAGAAGAGUAAAGCCGGUGCAGUAUCUGAUUAUGUGCGGGGUGAAGAUGUCCUGGACAUCUGGUUUGACAGUGGAACCUCUUGGGCUGCUGUACUACAGGAAUCAGACCCACGUGCAGACUCAUAUGUGGAGGGGAAAGAUCAGAUCGGCGGUUGGUUUCAGUCGUCUCUCCUCACCAGUGUAGCUGUACGGAAUAAAGCCCCUUACAAAGCGCUGGUGGUCCAUGGUUUUGUUGUGAGUGAGAGAGGAGAAAAAAUGUCCAAGUCUAUAGGCAAUGUGGUCGACCCAGAUGACAUCAUUAAUGGAGGGAAGAAUUUAUCGGUCUCUCCUCCCUAUGGUGCAGAUGUUUUGAGAUGGUGGGUUGCCGAGUCGAAUGUGUUCUCUGAGGUUCAGAUCGGCCCAAACACACUAAAUGCUGCCAAAGAGAGCAUCAACAAGUUGAGGAACACUCUGAGGUUUCUCCUGGGGAAUCUCCAGGGCUUUGAUCCACGCUCUCAGGCUGUGGACCCAAAACAAAUGCACUACAUAGAUCAGUACAUGUUGCACCUGCUCAGAGAGUUCAGCAUAAAGGUAACUGAUGCUUACAGUGAGUUUGACAGCGGUCGAGUCAUCCGUCUGCUGCAGGCCUUCAUCACCAGAGAAUUAUCCAACUUCUAUUUCAGCAUCAUUAAAAACCGGUUGUAUUGUGACGCUGAGGACUCUGUUGGUCGGAGGUCAUGUCAGACAGUUCUAGAAGAGAUUCUGGAUGGAGUGACUCGCUCUAUAGCUCCUGUCCUCCCUCACCUGGCUGAGGAGGUGUACCUGCAUGCACCUGGACAUGAUGAGGGGGAGACUUUGUUUCGUAGUGGCUGGAUUAAGACAAGUUCUGUAUGGCGGAGGCCGGGAUUGGAGGAAGCCGUGGAGGGGGCGUGUGCUAUUCGAGAUUCCUUCCUGUCGUCUAUUCCAGGAUGCAACGCUGCAGAAUAUGACCUCAUCAUUUCCAUCGAGCCUGGUCUGUUCUUUGAGCUAAUGGAGUCUCUUCAAGAGGAGCCCACCUCUACUUGUUCCCAACUGACUGAGCUCAUGAUGGCCUCACGUAUCACACUGACAAACUCUCUCCCACGGGAUCUGCCAUCGGAUGCUGUCACCAGUUCAGGAAAAUUCCUCAUCAACCUGGAAGGGGGCGUGAUUUGCGAAGAAAGUUCAUAUAGUAUAGCCGCAACGCCCACCUCUCUCUCUCGCUGUCCGAGAUGUUGGCGCUACACAUCAGAUGAGCCUGACUGCCUCUGCACACGAUGCCAGACCGUGCUGGAAAAUGCCAAGUAACUGUCCUGACUGUUGCCAUGACUACUGCCCACGCACUGUCUCCCCUUUCUCUCUGAUCCCUGUAAGGGCUGUGAUGAACCUGUAGAAAGCUGCUAAUGGAAUAUGUGGGAGGAUUGUGUUUCUCAGGGCUCAAACAGAAGAUGGACUGUUAGAAAUGAAUAAAGCAAAAAUAAUUGGGAAGGAAAAGACACUCGGCUGAGAUAACAUCCAUAUACCCUUGUUUCUGAGUGUGUGCAUGAACACGAAGAGCCCUGACAUGGGUUAAAGGGAUAGUUCACCCAAAAAUGAAAAUUCUGUCAUCAUUUACUCACCCUCAAAAAACAGCCUCAGUCACUAUUCACUUUCAUUGUAUGUAAAAAAAGAAGCCAUGAAAAUUAGGCUAAUAUUCUGAUUUUGUGUUCCACGGAAGAAAGUUAUCCAUGUGUUCAAAAUAACAUGAGGGUGAUUAAAUGAUGACAGUUUUCAUUUUGGGUGAACUAUCUCUUCAACCUGUUAAAUCCUAACAAGAUGUUUAAAUGUACUAGGCUGAUGUUCUUAAGCUUAGUGCUCUGUUACAGGUGUAUUAAGCCAACUGAUUAAAGCAAAAAUAUCAUCAAUACAUUGGAGAGGAUAUUUGUGUUUGUGUGUGUGUAAUAUAUAUAUAUAUACUUAUAUCUAUCUAUUUGUGCAAAUGUUUGCAGUUGGGUGGAGGGCUCCAUUUAAAACACUUGCAACUUCAUUUGCUGUAAGUUCACAUUCUUUAUGUCAUGAAGGGUUUUUUUUCCUGUCUGCUACAUGUUUUAUUGUGUGACAUUUUGAGCUGAAUGAAGAUACUGUACUGAAAGUACUGUAUGACAGGAGAGUGUGUCAGUUUUAGUUUGACUGGUUAUCUGUAUUUAAACUAUGCUUUAUUACCUCACUUCUUUUUAUCUCUAAUAUAAUAAACAGUACAG